UUCAAGCUGCAUUGUUACACAAAAACCCAGGCCGCCGAGACCUCUACAACACCAGAGAGGACAGCGGUGACAAAGAUCUGGUUGAGGUGGACCUGACCGAGACCAUGGAUACAGAUAGUGAUAGUCCACCUUUGACGUUGCAGCAAGUACUUUUAAUGCCUGACCCCCAAACUCCAACUCCAGAUUUCAAAAAGAAGCUGCAAAUGUUUUUGGAGACUGAAGGAAAGACACUGAACGAUCUGCAAGAAGUAGCUGGAGUUCAAGCAGCCUCCUCAACGAGCGCUACAGAUGACUUACUAUCUACUAUUGGGAAAGCACUUGAAAAAGCUCUGAAGCCAUCUUCAGAAGGCACUUCCUACAAACGGCUUAGAGUGUUCUCUGGCGUCAAGCCCACCCCUAGCCAGGAGGAUGACUAUGACACCUGGAUGGACCAAGCAGCACAUAUGAUCCAAGAAUGGCAGUGUGGAGAAGGAGAAAAGCGGAAAAGGCUAGUGGAAAGUCUGAGAGGCCCUGCUCUUGAUGUUGUCAGACCUCUGCGUGUGGCAAACCCGGAUGCGUCGGCUCAAGAAUACCUCAGUACACUUGAGCACAUGUUUGGAAGCACAGAGAGCGGAGAGGACUUAUAUUUACGAUUUCGCACUACCAUGCAGAAGCAGGGAGAAAAGCUGUCUAUAUUCUUGGCCCGGUUGGAGAAGUUGUUACAGAAAGUAUAUGUGAAGGGAGGCAUAGAAGCCAGUGCAUUAGGAAAAGCACGCUUAAAUCAGCUACUUAAAGGAGCCAUAUACUCUGACAUGUGCCUAGUUAAACUCCGGCUUAAAGAACGGCAGAAAAAUCCUCCCACUUUUUCUGUUCUGAUAAAAGAGAUCAGAGAGGAAGAGGAGAGAGAGAGCCUCAAGCAAAACCCCCCCACAGCGCCCAUUAGAGUGCAUCAUGCUAACACACCUGAUGUCACACCAGCCCCUAAUGCAGAAAUGGAUAGCCUAAAAGAGCAGCUACAGGAGAUUAGGAAACAAAUAUCAUCCUUGACUGUGCAGCAGCAGCAUCACUAUCAGGAUGCCCGGCCACGCCAAGAUGUCCGCGCAAGGGGUCAUCAGCCAUUCUACAAGAGGGAGAAUUCAGCUGAAGGAACUGGACAAGAUGGAACAACUCUCCACUCUGCUGGAAGGCAGCCAUUUCCAACUACUAUCAGAGCUCCAUUCAGAUCCUUUUGCUACCGUUGUGGAUUGGAUGGUCAUAGGAUAAAAGAGUGUGUCAACACUGGAAAUGCUACUUUGGUUGCUGAACGUCUUGAAGCCAUGUAUGGGAAUCAGUUGGGAAACUACGAUGGGACCCAGUAAAGGAGUGCCCUGGGCCCCUAUCGUCAAAAGCGCACUCCGAUUCACAGGAGCUAUUUAGCCUGGAAAGUAACACUGUGGGAAAUACACCAACAAAUCCAUGGCCUGCUGGUCUGUGUGGCCCUAAGACAGAAGUAACUGUGCGAAUAGAAGGUCGCCCAUGCUGUGCCAUUCUUGACACUGGAUCACAGGUUACGAUAAUCUUUGAGCAUUACUACAGGGAGCACCUCAGUCACCUACCAUUGCACCCACUUACUGGUCUUGCUAUCUGGGGCCUUGGGGAGGGACAGUAUCCAUAUCUGGGAUAUAUCAAUGUAUUCCUGGAAUUCCCUGCAGAUGUUGUGGGUGUGCAGCAGACAUUAGAAACCUUAGCCCUGGUUUGUCCUUCUACUGGUUCUCCUAACCAUAUCCCUUGCCUAAUAGGGACAAAUGCCGCCAUAUUUGGGAUACUGGCUCGUGUGUGUCGCGACCGAGCAGGAGAUAAUUACGCCAGGAAACUAAAGAUUCAUGCCUUGUGCCUCGAUGCUUACAUCAAGAAAGAGAGAGAACUCUUGCAGACAGCUAGAGGGCCAAUAGGAACCAUUCAGACGCUGGGUUGUUUGCCAGUGACCAUACCCCCUGGUACCGUACAGGUGGUUGAGGGAAAAGCCCAAGUCUCAGAUGAUGGGAAAAAUCAGCUGAUUCUCA